UUGGGCGGUAAAGUGUAAAAAAAACGAGAUGCAAAGAAUUAAUCGUUCGGAAGACAACAGCGAAUACGUUUAUAUUUACAUGUCACUAUACCGCAAGCAGCUCGGUCGUACCGAGAUAAUAAGUAAAUGGUCAUUCUACGCUGAGAGUUCUACGGGCGAGUCUCUCCUUUUCUCUCCUCCCAUGAGAGAAAUACUAGAAGGUUUAUGGCAGUAUGUGAGUCAGCAAAAUUCCGUAGACCAGCGAUUCUCAGCUUUCACUUAUUUCUAUUCAUUGUCGAUUCCUACUUUAAUAUAUGCCAUUGUCUUAUGCGGUCGUUCGAAUUUUCAUCACCAAUUUGUUACAGAUGGCAAACUGAAAGAUGUCGAUGAGUCAUCUACGAAUGAUUAA